ACCAAUAACAACCAUGCCGCCAUUUUGCACGACGGCCGGUUUGAUUAGCUGACAGAUUAUGAAACUUGUUAUUGUCACUCCAGAGUAAAUUUUAUUAAUACAUUUAUGAUUGUAGCUUGUUAAUACUUGUAUAAUACAUAUAAGUAAUAUUAGGAAUUGAGUGCUUCGACAGCGUAGUUGUAAUGCGUACGCGAUACGUGUACAAAUGCCGUGCUUGGCUUCAAAUUCCGGGCCCGGCUAAAAAAAUAUAGCAGGGGCAAUAUUGUUGGUGAGCUCAAUGUGCGUGGUGCAUCAAACGCAUGCAGACCGGCUGUGCCUCACCGGGAACUUCGAACACCAAGUGGCGACGGUGCUGAGCCACAUCAGACUCUCCGAUGAGCGGCUCGGCAACAUCUCGCAGGUCCCCAGGGACUUGGAGCGCUUGUUCCAGCACCACUGGCCCGGUUGCAAAGUAUUGAGAUUUGGGUCGACGAUAACUCUUCUCGCGCUGAAGUCGAGCGACGUAGAUUGUUUUGUGGACAUACCGGGCGACGACAAAGGCGAUCCACAGGCUCUACUGACCGAGGCGCUGGCCAUCUUGAAAAACCACCCGGAUCUGUUCGAACAUUUCGUAUUAAAGCAGUCGGUACGCGUUCCACUGCUGACUUGUAAACAUAUCCCCGCUAACAUCUCUGUGGACAUUAGCGUCUCUGGCCCCUUCGCUGUCAACAGCAGCCGAGUGUUGUCUCAUCUUCUGCAUUUAGACCAACGAGGUUUAGAUUUAGCUAGGAUCCUUAAAUAUUGGGGCACGGUGCACGACCAGCCAACGGGAAACUCACGCUGCCGAGCUACGCGGUGGUGUUGAUGGCCGUAUUUUAUUUACAACAAAAGAACAUCGUGCCGUCCGUUGCCGCGCUUCAGCAGAACGCGACUCCUUACGAAGUAGAGCAUUGGAACACUGCCUUUCUGCCGAUAGAGUACCACACGGAUAAUAAGGAGACCCUGUACGAGCUGCUCGGCGGGUUCUUUACAUAUUACAGCGACUUCGAUUUUAGAAACACCGUCAUAUCUCCUUAUGUCGGUUAUCCCAUAAAAAUAGCAGAUUUUGAUAAAGUGACCAAUUUUGGUAUGUACAAACGUAAUGUUGCAAACGGUUAUGCGAAGCCAUUUCCGUUCGGAUAUUUAAAUAUACAGGAUAAUCUCAGACACAGUGAGAAUGUAGCGAGACCUUCCGACGUGCAGCGGUCCGCUCUGCGGUUGAUAAGGCACGUGAGAGCUGCGGCGAGGAUGUAUAAAGAACUCAGCAGCGAGGAAUUUCUAACUGCCAUGUUGGUGCCCGAGAAAAGGGAAGAAACUGGCAGAAAAACAAUAUUUUGGGGGGGCGGUGUAAUUGGUUCACUGGAAGACUGUAUGAGACACCAGGAGAAAAAUAGUUGAUAUCGAAUAAUUUUCACUUGUCAAGAUAUUCUAUAACCAAUGCGCUUAGUAUUUCAGUUUCCUUACAUUAACACUUUUGUCAUGUUUGUAUUUAAACUAAAAAGUAUUGGAAAAUUACAUACAUACUACGAAAUGUAUACUCUCUUAUCUUCUGAACUUGGAGGAAAAUAUGGCAAUAGACAAGUCCUGGGACUCCAGCCUGGACAGAGAAGAUAGAUGUUUAACUAGUUCUUCAGUCAGCCAAUAAUAAGUUUAUUCUCCAAAAAACAUAAUUGCGACUAUUAUUGAGCCCUGGGUUAAGGUAGGUAACAUUGCAGAACAUUUGAAUAUCGGAUGGCAAAGAGAAAGCAACCAGCCCAGGAACGCCUCGUUACAUCAUGGGGAAAUAUACGUGAGAAUUCAUAUCUAUAAGUAUUUCGAAGCUAUGAGAAAUUUGCGAAACUGCAUUAGGCGAGCGUGAUGGACUAAGUCCUGUUAGUAAUAGAGUCCUAUGUCCAGCAGUGGGAUUGUAUAAUACAAGGAGAUUGGGAGAGAAUACUUAUGUAAUUAAGUCCGCCUAUAUACUGUAUUUAUAGUGUAUACAAAGUGUCAAAAAUAUAGGACUGGUUUUAUUAAAAGGUUAAGCAGGAC